GCCGGCAGUGAGGUAGCGCUCAUGUUGACGUUGUCUCUGUCCGGAAGUGGCUUGGCUAGGCGAGAGCGGCCAUGUUGCGUCAGGAUAGUAAUGAUGACACUGAAGAUGUUUCACUGUUUGAUGCCAGUGAUGAUGAGUCAGCCAGAAAGCCAAGGAAGGUGAAAAUCAGGCACCCGGUGGCAUCAUUUUUCCAUUUAUUCUUUCGAAUCAGUGCAAUAAUUGUCUAUCUUCUGUGUGAAUUGCUAAGCAGCAGCUUUAUUGCCUGUAUGGUGACAAUUAUCUUGUUAUUAUCAUGUGACUUUUGGACAGUGAAGAAUAUAACAGGGAGACUUAUGGUUGGCUUGCGCUGGUGGAACCGUAUAGAUGAUGAUGGAAAGAGUCACUGGGUGUUUGAGGCUCGAAAGGAAUUGAAACAAGAGAAAAGGACCUCUUCAGAAGCUGAGUCACGAAUUUUUUGGUUAGGAUUAAUUUCCUGUCCAAUUAUGUGGGUGAUAUUUGCCUUUAGUGCUCUCUUCUCCUUCAAAUUGAAGUGGUUGGCAGUAGUCACCAUGGGUGUGGUACUACAAGGUGCUAACCUAUAUGGCUACAUCAGAUGCAAAGUAGGCAACCAAAGCAAUUUAACCAGUAUGGCUACCACUUAUCUUGGAAAGCAGUUCUUGAAACGAAACAUUAAAGAUGAUCAGAUAUCUUGAAGAUAAAGAGAAGAAAUACAUCUUGUUGUAUUGAGGAACAACUGAAGAGAUUGUCUUGAUCCUUUUGGAGUCGAGUAAAUAUUUCAGGGUGGGGGAAAUCAUUAGAGAUUUUUCUCAUUUAAAUAAGUUUUUUAUAGGAAGAUAAUGCUUUUGGCAUAAAAUCUGUCUUAGGAUUCUUUUUUUUUGUUUUUUUAAGGUUAUUGCCUCAAAACUGAAUAGGGUGUGCAUAUUCAUAAUUUUAGAAGAGGGAAAAUUAUCUAAAAUAGGAGUUAUGUUGAAUAUUAGCUUGCAUUUCAUAAAUCAUCUCCACUUGUACAAAACACUAUAUAUCAUGGUAAAAUUUUCACCUAAAUUAUAAAUAAGCAAAUAAAAUUAUAUGCCAUACCCAAUUUGUCAGUACUGUUAAAUUUAAGUAAUUUUAAUGGGAGGUGUUUAUUUUGGUUUCUUCAGCAAACUAUUCAUUCAUGUGCUAUUUAUUAUAUGUAACUUGCUGUAGCAAUCUGUAUAGUUUAUAUUAGUGUGUGUGUGUAUGUACAUAUAUAUGUGUUUAUAUAUGUAUGUAUGUAUAGUUUCUAUGCUUCUAAUUAGUUGAGGUAUAGCUGUACAUUUCACUUUAAAUUCUUAUUUUGGAAAACCAAGCAUAAUGAAAAUUUCAGUGACACAAACUGUAGAUGUAAUAAUGAAUUACUUUUUGUGUUAGGUUGAAAAUAAUUAUUUAUUGACAUGGCAAAUGCCUAAAGUCACAUUUUGCUUUUAGAAUUUCUUUUGUUAUUGAGAGAAUUGGAAUAUUGGAAAUUAUAGGAUUAAAUUAUAAUAUAUUUUAAUUGUAAAAUGUAUUUUACUUAAGUAGUUCUGUAAAUUUUAGUUGUAUACUUCGCCUGAAAGGAUUGCUUUAUAAAUAUAUGUAUUGUAAAAAAAAAAUAAGAUUUUAUUUAAUUGGGUAAAUUGCCUUUAGUGACAGUCAUGAUGCACAAUCAUUUUAGUGUAUUGUUUUUAGAAAAUUUUCUUUUUGUUAAGUGGAAAAUAUCUUUGUUAUAUAUUUGAUUAAUUAAAUAUUUCUGCCCUGCAGAGUGAUUAUACACACACUCACCUGGUAUAAGAGGACACAUUUAGUCAAUCUGUCUUAAGUGCUGGGAAUAUAAUGAAAGGCUAAAACUAAAAAUCAAUCCCUGCCUUCAAGGGGUUGAUAUACUCUUUUGAAGCAAACAUUUUACCCUCCCUCUGAACCCAUUCAGUUAGGCUCUAGGCAUUCUCUCUGGCAAUCUAUAACUUCCUAGUAAUAGAAAGGGUGUUGGAUUUGGAGUAGAAGGAUUUGGAGUUGAAUCUUGACUGAUUUAUCUGAACCCAGACAGUUAACUUCUCAGGACUUCUCAGGGUCCCUCCGAAGUUUAAAUCUGCAGUCAUAUGUAUCUGAGUUUUGUUACAUUUUAGUGUGGGCUUUACUUAUAUUCUUGUAUACAUUGUGCAUAUUUUUCUUCUGCCCCUACAUUCUUCACUCUGUAUCACUUCAUCAAGUUCUUCCUUCGUGGCUCUGAAUUUUUAUUAUUGUUUUGUAUGAUGUAAUAAUAUUCCUCAGUUUAUUCCACAAUUACCCAAUUGUUAAAAACAUUUUGUUACUAAUUUUCAAAAUUAUUGCCAGUAGUACUGCUAUGAAUUUA